CCUUCUAGGCUCCGCCUCCUUUUCAUGCCACUCUCCGAGCUCCACGCAGCUUUUCCGCUCGGACCUCCGCCGAAGGUUCUCGCCUCGGUAGAGGGGGAUCGUCAGUGGCUUCGCCCCGAGGAGAGCUGACUGCCCCGGGUCGCUGCUGACCUCCGGCGGAGUUGAGCCAAAAUGUCCCCGGAAUCCAAAAAGCUUUUCAACAUUAUUAUUUUAGGGAUUGGCUUUAUGUUUAUGUUCACCGCCUUUCAAACUUGUGGAAAUGUGGCGCAAACGGUCAUCAGGAGCUUAAAUCGCACAGAUUUCCACGGCAGUGGCUAUACCAGCAUGGCAAUUAUUUAUGGAGUGUUCUCAGCUUCAAAUCUGAUUACCCCGUCGGUGGUGGCCAUCGUGGGACCUCAGCUCUCUAUGUUUGCAAGUGGCUUAUUUUACAGCAUGUACAUUGCCGUUUUUAUCCAGCCUUUCCCAUGGUCCUUCUACACAGCCUCUGUCUUCAUUGGGAUUGCGGCUGCCGUGCUUUGGACAGCACAAGGAAAUUGUCUGACAAUAAAUUCAGAUGAGCACACUAUUGGGAGAAACAGUGGAAUUUUCUGGGCACUCUUACAAUCUAGCUUGUUCUUUGGGAAUCUCUACAUAUAUUUUGCCUGGCAAGGGAAGACUCACAUAUCAGAGAGCGACCGAAGAACCGUGUUUAUCGCCCUGACGGUGAUUAGCCUCGUGGGGACGGUUCUCUUCUUUCUCAUUCGGCAGCCAGAGGCCGAAAAUGUCUUGGGGGAAGAGGAGUCUUCCGAGGACCAGGAGCCGGAAGUCCGCGACUCUGCCCAGAACACUAUGGCAAAGGCAGUAGACGCGUUUAGAAAGUCUCUUAAGUUGUGUGUCACCAGGGAGAUGCUCCUCCUCAGUGUUCCCACUGCGUACACAGGUCUGGAAUUGACUUUCUUCUCCGGUGUCUAUGGAACGUGUAUUGGUGCUGUAAAUAAAUUUGGAACAGAAGAGAAAAGCCUCAUUGGACUUUCUGGCAUUUUCAUUGGCAUUGGAGAAAUUUUAGGUGGAAGCCUGUUUGGCCUGCUGAGCAAAAAUAAUCGUUUUGGCAGAAAUCCAGUUGUGUUGUUGGGCAUCCUGGUGCACUUUAUAGCUUUUUAUCUGAUAUUCCUCAACAUGCCUGGGGAUGCCCCGAUCGCUCCCGUCGAAGGAACUGAUAGUUCUGCUUAUAUCAAAUCCAGCAAAGAGGUCGCCAUCCUGUGCAGCUUCCUGCUGGGGCUCGGGGACAGCUGCUUCAACACGCAGCUGCUUAGCAUCCUCGGGUUUCUCCACGCGGAGGACAGCGCGCCGGCCUUCGCCGUCUUCAAGUUCGUGCAGUCCAUUUGCGCAGCCGUGGCGUUUUUCUACAGUAACUACCUUCUCCUUCACUGGCAACUCCUGGUCAUGGUGAUAUUUGGGUUUUUCGGAACUGUCUCGUUCUUCUCCGUGGAGUGGGACGCCGCCGCCAUCGUCGCCCGGGGCUCCGACUACCGAAGUAUCUGAUCCGCGGGGCCCCUCCGGGCGGCACAGCCAGACGACGGCUUGGCCAGAGCAGCCACCUCUCGGCCUCGCGGAGCUCGGGACGCUGAUCAGCACGGACGGUCGAGGCGUGCCGCCCCCGCGGCCCCCGGGGUUGCCAUCCACGUGGACAGAGAUCCGCUGUUUAAAGGGACAGAACGAGGGAGACGCGUCCUGUGCAUUAUAAUUGUUCAAAGAUGUUGACUUUCGGUUCAUCCGUCUCCCGUUCCUUCCCGUCGUGGUAGAGAAUGUAAAUGUGUUCUUCUCCCUCCUGUUCUCUUUGGGAGAUCCUGCCCCGAUCCAGGACAGCGGCCGCGUGUCACACGGGGGUUCUCGCUGGGGGCGGAGCAUGUGCUGCUGUGUUACCAGAGGAGCCUGUGCCCACCCACAGGUGCACUGGGACGGGCGUUUAAAUAAACCUGAGAUGCUGACGUGGGAUCUUUGCAAAGA